ACGAAAAAAACAACGAGAAAACGAAAAAAACGAAACAUUUUUUUUUUCGCAGAACACGCGGCGAAGCGAACGGUUUCAGAGCUCGACACCCACCAUUACUGUUUUGAAAGCAGCCAUUUUUUCUCUCUCUAGAAAAUUCUCUUCUUCCUCCUCUGUUUUUUCUGAAUAUAAGUAAGAAAGAAAGAAACCCCUUUCUUUCAAUUCAAGAAGAAAGACUUAAAUUUACAUCGCAGUUUCGAGUUUCCACUUCUAGAGCGUUUCACUUCAAAACAAGAUAACAGCUCUUUUUGUAAAAUUUACUACUCUUCUGAAACAGAAAAAAAAUUUAAAUUAAGAAGAAGAACAAGAAGAAAUUUGAGCUGAUGGGUAUGAUGAAUGUACUACGUAUGGAAUUGGGUUGGAUUAGAUUAGAUUAAUAAAUUAUUUUUUUAUGAUUUGGGAUUUUCUUGAAGAAAAAUUGAGAACUUUUGUUGGUGCUGGUAAGAGGGAAACAGAGGGAGAUUAAUGUUGUGAGAGAGAAAUAGGAUUAUUAUACCAUAAAUAGAAGAAAGGGGGGAGUGUUGGGAACUAAAGAUCAUAAGCCAUAAAUAACGCUUAUUGCCUACUUUCCUAUAUAUUCUCUUCUCUUACAGAAUCUCAAAAUUUACAAAUAUUGUAAUCAUAUGGGAUAUUGUUUGAAAAGGAAACCCUAAAUUCAAGCCUACAUUUACACUAGAAAGAAAGAAGAAAAGAUAAGAAGAUUUUUAUUUAUUUUUUUCUUCUGGGAUUUUCAGAUUUUUUUUUUCUUUCUUUUUUAAUCAAUCAAGAGAAAAGCUAAAUUAUGUCUUGUAUGGGAAGAUCACCAUCGAUGAAGAAGCCAUUGAACAAACAUACAAAUCUUGAGUGUUUUCUUGAUUGUGUUACUCCUAGAGUUCCUUCACAGCAUCUUCCUAAGUCUUGCAUUGGAGAUCUUAAUAGUCUAUGGAACCCACAAAGCAAAGAAAUGGUUGAAUACUUCACCUUAGGAGAUCUAUGGGAUUGUUUCGAUGAAUGGAGUGCCUAUGGUACUGGAGCACCAGUUGUUUUGAACAAUGGCGAAAGUGUCGUUCAAUACUAUGUUCCUUACCUUUCGGCUAUCCAGAUCUACACUAGCAAAUCCUUGGCUUCGUCACCGUCAUCAAGUACUACUAGGAGUCCAAGGGAGGAAAGUAGUGAUCAUGCAGAAUUUGAGACUGACUCGUGGAGUGAUGACAGUGACGGUGAGAAAUUAUCUCUGUCUUUCAGUAGUAACAAUUCUAGCAAGUUUUGGGAUGCCGUCUCCGAUGAUUCAAAUUUCGACCAUCAAGAGAGUUCAUGGCCUAUGAGGGACAGAUUGGGUUUCCUUUACCAUCAAUACUUUGAAAUGUCAGCUCCUUAUUGGAGGGUUCCACUGAUGGAAAAGGUAACGGAAAUGUCUAGGACAUAUCCUGGUUUAAAAACACUCAGAAGCGUCGAUCUCUCUCCGGCUAGUUGGAUGGCUGUUGCAUGGUACCCGAUAUAUCACAUUCCAACUGGGAGAACCGUGAAAGAUUUAUCUGCGUGCUUCCUCACUUUUCAUACACUUUCCUCUUCUUUCCAAGAUCCUCUGCCGGAGGAUGAGGAGAAUGAUAUGUCUUCUGAUUGUGUAAAAGGAAGAAAUUCCAAAAUUGGGAUUCCUCUCCCUCCUUUUGGCCUGGCUACUUACAAGAUGAACGGUGAUGUUUGGGUUCAGCCAGAUGCAGGAGACUAUGAAAGGAUUGACACUCUCCAGAGUGCUGCAGAUUCCUGGUUGAAGCAGCUCAGAGUCCAACACCAUGACUUCAACUACUUCGUUUCCCGCUCUACCUGCUAUGCCAUGUAGACAAUAUAAUGUGAUCAAGCUGGUCUCAUAGUGUGUCUUUAGGACCUUUCGCAACCGCCACCAAUGAUGUUUCUCCACCCGUCAUCAUAAGCUGGGAAAAGGAAAAAAAAGUAUAAAAAUCCGAAAAAGCUAAAAAAAAUAAAAAGUUCCGUGAUAAAGGUGUUCUCCGAGACCCAUGAGGAAGCAGAUCUGCGGCAAUCGGAUAGCAGAGGAGUUUUUGUGGACUUAGUUGUUAUCUGUCUAUUUAUUUAACGUAGAUCUUGAGGGAGAAAGAGAUGCAUAUAUAGUUCUAUAUAUGUUGACAGAGAGGGAGAUGUAGAGAUGUAAAGAUGAAAACCUGUUGAACUUGUUCAGAUAGAUGUUUUGUUUUUGCUGUGUUUAUGGGUCAGUUUCUGAUGCCUUUCAUGUAGGGUAACAUAAAACUUUUUGAGUCCCUGGAAGGGGCGUAUAUAAUGGUUGGUCAUCUUUCCUUGUAU